GCUUUCCGCUCUUUCUUUUUUCGCCGCAAUGGGGUGGGACGGAAUGCAAUGGGGGAUUUGUUCGGGGACUUUUAUUGGGCGGUGGGGUGGAUGGGUGCUGCUACCUCUCUUGGCAGAGGGGUGGAAAGGGGGAAAUCGGGGCUGAAAGAUACGAAAAGAACUCCGUUACAGGACAGUGGGCUGUGCUGUGGGAGGGGGGAAGGGGGGCGGCCCCCGUGCUCUGGCAGCAGCUCCUUGGCUUCCCCAGCUCUUUUCUUGCUCACUCUUCACCUUCCCCUCACAGCCCUUUGGUCGCCCCUGUUAUCUCCCGUUACCCCCAUCCCGCUGCAGCUCACCCCAAAGUAUCACAAAUUCCCUAAAUCCCCCCCAGAAAACUGAUUCUGGGGACUCAGCACCCCCUGAGGUACUAGCCCCCACCCUGGGCCUGGUGCAGGAAGGCAGCUGCUGUUUUGCACCAUUUCUCUGAAAUUUGGACCCAUAAGUAGCACAGAAGAUGUCGGACUGAGGAUGCAAAGUGCAUCAGUUUUGAACUCCAAAAUUUAUUACAGGGAGUAGAGGGGGUGGGGUUGAAGAAAUAAUUGACCUUUUGGGGAAGCAUUAGAGUUUUGGAGAGGUUUGUGUGAUGCUCUCUAAAUCCCUCCCUUUAUCCCCCCAAAAACCUGAAAAAACAAAGCAGUGGGAUUAAAACAGGCACCCAGUUGUGUUUGAGGGAUGGGGCAGGGGUUGCAUCCUAGACCUCCAGCCAGAUUUUCCCCCAGAAUUUCACCCCGCAGUGCCUUUUCAAGGCUGAGCUUCAUGGCUGUUGGGGAGGGCGGAUGGACGGAUGCUGCAUACCAAUAGGUCCCGUGACUUUCGAGCUUGUUUAAACCCUUUCUUGCUCUGCUCGCCUCCCUCCUCACCCUCCCCAGCUGAUUUCCCCUGUUCAGUCUGGUAUUUGUUCACCUCUGAGUGAUGCCAUCUGGACAGAGAAUCAUGAAGUCCCCAAAUUGGUGGAGAUAGGAGUUUUGGGGAGUAAACCCAUUCUUUAUUUUUGUAUUUAUUUCUUUUUCUCCAAAGAACAGUUUUGUAAGCUGUUUGUUGCUUGCUUUGAGCUCAGCUAGUUUGCAUUUCCCCAUGGGGUGAUGGGGACUGGUGGGUCCCCUUGAAACUGGGACACGGGGACUCAAUCCCCUUCUCUGUGGCUGUGCACAGAGGGAGGAGUGUUGGCUGCACAAGAGCAUCCUCUACAGGCGGUGCAGUGCAAAAAUGUCAUCCUUGUGCAUGCAUCUUUGCCACGAGUUGCAUCAGACCCACAGUGCACCUUGCAAGGGUUGCAUCCACUCCGCUGUGCAUUUGGAAAGAGGUUCACCAACCCCACCAACGCACUUCUUGUCAGUACUCCAAUGCACUUUGCAAAUGAUUGCAUCGACCCCGAUGCAACCAAUGCAUCAACCCCCUCCAAUGCAUUUUGCAGAGAGCUGCAUCAACCCUUGCAAUGCACUUUUUUGAGGCAACGCACGCGUUUUUUAAAAACUCCCUGCAAACAAUGGGGGUGCUGCAGUCGAGGGCUUCUUGGGGAUGCCUGCCGCAGCUCCGGGAGGGGAUUUCCCCUUUUUCGGAGAGCCGGGACGCGGCGCCCGCUGUCUCCCCCCAUCCCCAGGUCUGCUGGCGGGGGUGAACAUCACCAGCCCGUCGGCACUGGUGCGCGGCACGGCAGGCAAAGCGGCGCUGCUGUCAGUGCGCUACGCCAGCGCCAGCCCCGACAAACCGGUGGUGAAGUGGCAGCUGAAGCGGGACAAACCCGUCACCGUCGUCCAGUCCAUCGGCACCGAGAUCAUCGGCAACCUGCGGCCCGACUACCGAGACCGCAUCCGCGUGCUGGAGAAUGGCUCGCUGCUCAUCAGCCCGCUGCAGCUGGCCGACGAGGGCAGCUAUGAGGUGGAGGUCUCCAUCACCGAUGACACCUUCACUGGCGAGAAGACCAUCAACCUCACUGUGGACAUCCCCAUCUCAAAGCCACAAGUGUUGGUGGCCUCCUCAACAGUGCUAGAGCUCAGCGAGUUCUUCACCCUCAACUGCUCACACGAGAAUGGCACCAAGCCCACCUACACCUGGCUGAAGGAUGGGCGGCCGCUGAACAACGACUCCCGCCUCCUCCUCUCCCCUGACCAGAAGAUCCUCACCAUCACUCGUGUCCUCAUGGCAGAUGAUGACAUCUACAGCUGCCUGGUGGAGAAUCCCAUCAGCCAGGGCCGCAGUGUCCCCGUGAAGCUCACUGUCUACCGCCGGAGUUCCCUCUACAUCAUCCUCUCUACGGGUGGCAUCUUCCUGCUCGUAACUCUGGUGACUGUUUGUGCCUGCUGGAAACCUUCCAAGAAACCGAAGCAGCAAGCAGAGCCACCUCCCCCUGACUACACAGAACAGGAUGAGGAGCACCCCAAGCACGAGGCUGAGACCGUCCCGCGUGGUGCCGACCAUGAUCGCAAGACCCCCCUGGCCCUCUACAUCCUCAAGGAGCAGGACACUGCAGCACCUCAGGAGGAUUCAUCACCACCCGCUGGGCGCUCACCAGGACGCGGGGCUCGCCGCUACCAUCGCUCACCUGCUCCAGCCCGGCCACCCCGCUCACCCCCCGGCUCCCCUGCACGAUCCCGCUCUGCUGCACGCCUGCUGCGGGCCACCGGGGUCCCUGCCAUCCGUGAACAGGAGGAAGGCAGCGCCCUGGAGAUCAGUGCCUGAGCUAGCGGUGGUGCUGGGGAACACGUGCAUGGCCCGGCCUGGCCCAGGCGUGGAGGGGUGACACAGGGCAUGGUGGAAAGUCACUAAUUUGGUAUUGAACUUUGCCAGAGCUGCACCCUUCCACUCCGUUGGGGUGCUGGGGUGUUGCUGUAGUGGCCGUGGGGCUGGGUGUGGGGCGCAUGGGGAGCACACACACACACAUGCAUGGAACAUAUGUGGAGCAUGCACAGAGAGCCCACACCGUCUCCAGAGAAAGUGAGCAUGGAGCACAUGGAGUGAGUGUGCACAGAGCGUGCACAGAACAUGCAGAGAGCACAUAUGUGGUGUGCAAAGAGAGCGUGCAGGAGCAUAUGCAGGAGAAUGCUGAGUGUGCUCAGAUUGUGCGGGGAUAUCACAAACAGAGCAUGCAGAGAGAUGGUGCAUGAAAUAUACGGACAGAGCAUGCAGAUAGAGUGUGCACAGAGCCUGCAAGAGAAUGUGCAUGGACUGAGUGGAGAGAGCAGCCUGGAGUAUGGAGAGAGGGCAUGUACAAAGGACGCAAGAGAGCAUGCACAGGAGUGUAUAGACAGAAUGCACACAGCGUGCAAAGGUAGCGUGCAAGAGCACAUAAAUAAAACAUGUCAAAAGCAUGUCAAGAGAGCAUGCACCAAGCAUGCAGCUAAGACCAGACAGACUGCAUAGCAGAAGUACUUAUACAGAAUGUGUGCAUGGCAUGUGCAUGGAGCAUGCAGGUAAGUGUGCAAUUUGCAGAGAGUGUGCCAGCAUUUGGAGUAUGCUCCAAAUGUGCAUGGAGCGUGUAGAGAGCAUGAGUGUUCAGAAAGCAUGGGGCGUGUGGAAGGAGCGUGCAUGGAGUGUGGGAGAAGAACAUGCACAGAGCAUGCACAUGUUAUGCAUGUGCAAGAGCACUGUGCACAUGACCACAACCCUAUGCAUGCAGUUGGUGUGCCAGCUCCCAUGCGCACGCACACCCACACACACCAGCGGAAAGGCCCCCAGCCCUCUGGCUGCACUGUACCCAAACACGGGCCCAAGUCCCAGCAGUGAGCAGUGCCCUUGCAGCCACCAGCCACCCUCUGCUGCCUCUGGAUUUUCUGUGAAAAUCUCCUGUUUUUCAGCGCACCCACAUGCAUUGCUGCAGGAUCCCCAGGAGUAGGUUUAGGACAGAGCCGAAGGGCCGGGGCGCCAGAGCAGGUGCUGGGGCAGCCCGUGGUGCUCAGCGUGAGCAAGCACUCGUGGAUGCUACUAACCAAUAAACUCCAUGUGUUACCCAGC